GCUCCCUAUGGGGUCCUGGUGUUGGCCCAGUGACAGUUGAAGGGGUGGGAGGCACGAGCAGGUAGGCAGCAGCUGGAGCCUCCAGGGCGCUCACUAUCCUGCAGCAAUGUUCCGGCUCAUGAUCAAACAAGCUAAGACCCACCCGAGUUUGAUUCCUUUAUUCUUCUUCAUUGGACUUGGAGCUACUGGUGCUGGGCUUUAUCUAUCGCGUCUGGCAAUGUUCAGCCCGGAUGUCUGCUGGGACAGAAAGAACAACCCUGAGCCAUGGAAUAAACUGGGCUAUAAUCGUCAAUACAAGUUUAUUGCAGUGAACACUGAUUAUAAACAGCUGAAAAAGAAUGGCCCUGAUUUCUGAAUGAUUGCCAGAAUGUCUAAUUACCUCUGCUAAAAUGCCAAAACUUUGCAAACCUGGAUGCACAAUAUAUUAUGUUUCAAGUAAUUAUAUUUAUUGAUCAUGUUUUCUUUUAAUAUUAACAAAAUAGUAUAAAGCUUAAUAACUUGCUUUAUACUAGCCUUGAUUUUUAAAACAGGAAAAAUUCUGUUUCGAUCAAACAUGCUUGCUGUGCUUAUUAUAUUUCUGUCAUAUGGAUCAAUCGCCAAUAAAUGUUCCACGCUUUCGGAAUGCAAAUUUUAAUACUGUAAUGUUAUUUAGAAAAGUAAGGCAUAUUUAGCUAACUUAAGGUUGUAAUUUAUAGAUUAAUCAUUGAAAUUAUUGAACUUGAAACAACAAAGAAUUUUAGGUAUGUGUAAUUAACAAAAAAAGCUAUACGGUACUUGAAUGCUGGGAUUUAAAUUGUAUCUAUGCAAUACUCGGUCAAUGGAAUUAUUCAUGAAUUUUUAAAAAUAUUGCAAUGUAAUUGAGCCAAUAAAAUAAAUAAAGUAUGUA